AUGAUCGAAGACGCUGUGCAGGAGGCAUUCCGGCGUUUCAGGGGUAAUACCAAGCAGUGCAGUACCCUCUGGACAAGGUUAAUCGGGUAUCUCUGGGUCUGGGGAUUCCUCACGCUGGUGGCGCCGCUCUACAAUUUCCCUCUGUUUCAGUACCAGGAUCCAACCAAGAAUGGUGUUCCGUUCUCGGUCAUCAAGUUCGUUCGCGAACUUUCGGGGUGA